UUUUAUUUUCAUUUAAAUUUUUUUUUAAAAAUAAGUUUGGAGAAGAAAUUCAAAAUUACAACAUCUCCGUGUAACGCUUAAUCGCUGUUUAACCAAGAUCAACUUCGCAGUUUAAUUGCAAAGAAAAUUCAACCAAAAUGUUUGGCAACUGCGACAACGACUGCACAGCCACCGCCAAUGGGCAAUGUGCUGAUGGACAACGUUUAGCUUGCAUGGACCAGUUCACAUUGCCCAUGUAUGAUCCUUGGCAACCGUCAAUUGAUUUCAUGCUAUGGCCACCGGGCAGUUGCGACUACGGCGCUCACGUGGGUAUGUGUCCCAACAUGCCAACUCAAAGCGAUUGCUGUGAAGAGCCAAAACAUAUUCCCAGAUCACCAUGGCCAGGUUUAGCUGUCAGACAUAAUGGCACAAUCAAUAAUCUCUCAUAUUGUCGACCAUAUGCAUCGUUAAACGGCUGCGUGCGAACUAACGUCACUUCACCGGAAAAUCCAUUAUUCCACCCGUCAGUUGAGUUUAGACGCAAAGACCUUCCCUCACAAACACCCAUUUGGAAGCCGAAUGGACCAAUGCAACGGUUUUCGGAAAAGCUUUAAAAAUUGUAGAAAAAAGAUUUUAUUUACACAUAUAUGUAUGUAUGUAGUUCCAUGUAGCUAGGUAUAAUUGCAUAAAUACGUAUGUAUGUAUAUAAAAAAUACCGUGAAAAAUAUCCAAAAUAAUAAAACCGACAACUUUUGAAGAA